AUGGAGCCGCCAAAGGCUGUUCCGCUUCAGAUUCCUUCCGAGGAUGACGUGCCACUCUUCGAUCCUAGCGGCCUCAGCGCAUCGCUUUCCGCCGACGAUUGGCACAACUCGUUCGAUCUCAACAGCGUAGCAGCAGCCCGCCUUGGCAUCGGCUCACCUACUUCGCAAAAUGGUUCCGGCUCACUCUCUGCCUCCAUAGCCAAUCUAGCUCAUUCCAACUCUCACACUCGCGAGAACACCGACUCGUCCUCGCGCCCACUCCAGUCCUCAUCUAUAUCCCGUACCUCCUCCAACGACAUUGCCUUGCAGUCGUCUCUCGACAAUGCCGACGACGCUGCGAAACGAGGAAGACGUCGCAGAAGCUCUGCCAUACAAGACACCGCACAGGCACAGGUCCAUCCCACCGUGCUCCCGCAAAAGGACACUUCUGUUGGCUCCAAGGUCCGUAUGUGGUGGGAGAGAAGCGCUGCUGGAACGCCAGACGUCGACACAAGCGAUGCUCCCGUCGUUGAGCGUGAACCACCCUCUGAAACGCUACCGCCUCUCCGCAUCGACGCUAAAGUGGAAGCAGAAGCAUCCCCAUCAUCUUCUGUCCGCUCUCCCGCUGCCGAUUUCCUCAGCGCCUUUUCCAGCCUCAAUAGCGUGGUCCAGCCUGCCACAUCCUAUGACAACCGUUCGAUCUCUUACAGCCCGCCACGUUCCGGCCAUCGCAGCCUCGGUGCCUCGCUCAUGCACGACGACACCCGCAACGGAUCAGCCGCCCCUCCCAGCUUUGGCUCCCUGCGCGGCCUUGGAAGCGCCGCAGCACAGCUGUACGAGACACAGCUCACGACAGCCUCCGCUUCUUUGCCUCGGAGCGACGACGAAGGCGCCCGUGUCGGUCCCGCAGGCCGAUAUCUGCUGGGCAAGACCAUUGGCGUCGGAGGCUUCUCCACUGUUCGCCAAGGCUGGGACCUCGAGGCGCAAGGACCAGCAGACCCAACUGCUCCUCUCAUCGACGGCCAACGCAACGGACGCAGGGUGGCAGUCAAGAUCGUCUACCACCAUCACAGCCAUAUGAGCCAGGCUCAAGAGAAUUCUUCCGAGACCCGGCACCACGACCUGCACUCGCACGAGCUGCGCAUCUGGAAGAGCCUUCCGACGCAUCAGCAUCUGCUCCCAUUGUUGCAUCAUGAAAGUCUUGCAUUGGACACAGCGCAUUCCGGCCAGCACCAAGGCGCAAACACGACCGCGGAGCUAUUGAUCAUGCCGUACUGCGACCAAGGCAACCUGCUCGACUUUGUCCGCAGCGAAGGCGGCUCCGGCAGCGUCAUCUUCUCUCCCGAUGGUGGUCUGCCCUCGGCAUCUCACGAGCGAAGGUCUGCCUCGGGCUCUUGGGCUGCACCAGGCUCGGCACGCUCGUCCACUCUUCUCUCGCGCAGCUCGUCGCUUCGUACCUCGAUGGACGAUCCCUCUCGACGCCAUCCAGGAUCGCGUACCGGAUCUGGUUUCAUCAAGGGUCGCAACGCUGUUCCCUCUCACGCGUUGGGUCGCGUAGCCUCUGUCUCGGCUGCUUCUCAGCUUCAUACAAUACCAGCUGGCCAAGAGGCGUCCUCGGUCGCAUCGUCACCCGUUUCCGCUGCUGGCAGUAUGUCUAGCGGCUCGCGAUUGCUUCGCAGGACGGCAAGCCAGCUGCCGCGCAGCGAAGGCAUCCCCAUCGAUGCCGCACGCGAGACCAUGCGCCAACUCGCUUCGGCCCUCAGCACGUUACACACCAAAUGUCACAUCUUGCAUGGCGAUCUCAAGCUUGAGAACGUCCUUGGACAGGACCGGACAUCGUGGAAGAAGCGCCAGCGUACCUCUACUAGCGGCUCUCACGGCGGUACGCAUUCGAGGCAGAACAGCGGUAACCUUGUAGACUCCGUCGAAUCAUUGGCCACAUCAUCCGUCUCGUCAAAACACGUCCUCGACAUGUCGGACGCCGUCAUGCCGUGCUGGCGCAUUGCAGAUUUUGGCCUAGCCCAAGUCUUGGAUCCGGCUCACGCCAAGGCUGGCAUGGCAGGUGCGCCCGCUCUCAUCCGCGCUCUCAAGGAGGAGGCGCGUAUCUCAGACUCUCAGGGGGUGCAGAGUCGGAAGAAGGGCCACAAGUCCGGUCGUGGAGGAUCCCUAGCCUAUACCGCACCCGAGUUCUUACGAGCACAGGGCACGCCCGGCACCUCAAGUCCGGCGGCCGUCGAGUCCGCCGAAGAAAGCGACUUGCAGCCGGAAUCGCCCUUCGCUGCCGAUAUGUGGGCGCUUGGCUGCAUCUUAUAUGCCAUGCUCAGCGGCAAAUUGCCGUUCACCGACUCUUUCGAACCACGUUUGCAGAUGAAGAUCGCCAAAGCACAAUGGGAGCUUCCUCCUCGGCUGCGUCGCCGAGCUGAACGUCUCACGGCGUCGUCGACCAGCACGCUAACCUCACAGGUCAGCCCGUCGGAUCGCACACUUUCCACGGAUCGGUCUAGCUCUGCUGGUCCAACGGAUGCGAACGAUCGCUUCGCUUUCAGCCAGCAGCGUCGAUCCGUGUCUGGUUUGCCACGUGGAAUAGCUAGCUUCGGGUCGAUGGACCUGAGCGCUUCGCUGCCAUCGCUGCUGCCCAGGGAGAGGCAGAUGACCGAGCCGGCGACGGAAACGAUGCCAGUACGUGCGGCUGUGGUGCAUUCAGAUCAAGUGGUCGGAUCGGCACCUGGUCGCGCUGAUCACCUCGAGAGUUUCGAGAUCAACCAAGUCGCCAAGGCCAAGGCCGAUGUGGAAGAAGAUCCCGAGUCGGAUCAGGACUCGGACAUCGACUCUGGCCGGGACGGUCUCAGCUGGGACCGUGCAGCUGCUAGGCAGGUAUUGCGAGGUCUACUCGAGCCGGAUCCGCGGCGAAGAUGGACGAUCGAAAAGCUAUGCACGAGCGCGUGGAUUCGACGAGAAGGUAUCGACCUGACACCGUCUGCCUCUCCCUUGCAGACCAAAGCUUUGGUCGGCGACUACUUCGGAGGUGAGAACGAUCACAGGUUUGCAGCGCCCACGACAGCGAAACCCUCCUCCAGUGCCAAGGGCUUUGCUGCAGCUCGAGACAUGACAAGUGCCGGCAUGGACGAGGAGUCCCCGCAGAUUCAGCACGGCAGGCGCUCUUCAAGUCUCGCCCGCACACGUCCGUCUCAAGUAGUGCUCGACAGUCCUGCGUCGGCAACCUCAUUGGUGCAGUCACCCACAAUCUCGGCGGACGGAGGUGAUAGCUCCAAGCGUCGAUCACGCUCAACAUCGCGGAUCUCGAUCCAGUACCGUGACUCGAGCCGAAAUCGUAGUACGGAUGCUAGUGGAACCUCGACGCCAAAUCGAGAGCGCGAUCAGGCGUGGGCGCAGCAUCACCUCGCGAGCUCUCUUCAGUCUCAAGCUCACGCGUGGCUCCAUGCGACUGCCAAAGAGCGUAGCGACAGUCCAGCAGACUCGGAGCGGCGAGGUCGGAUGCCCCGAUCGAGGAUGGCGGAUCUGGAUGAGAAUACUACAUGGAACGGAGAGGAAGGAGCCAGCAGUGACAGUCGCUCCGGAUCGCAAGAGGCUGCCUCUCUUCGCAGGGUAGGCCCAAUCGCCAUUCGCGGACGAAGUCAGUCAAGAAGUCGCAGUCGUCAUAGUAGAGAGUCGGCGUCUCCGGACCGUUUUGGACAACGGUCCACGUCACGAUCGAGAUCGACCUACUCUCUUUCGCGCGAUGCGGGAAUCAGCACCGGAAUACUGUACGGACGCAGCGCCGAGCCUCAACCCACCGUUGGACUCGUUGUGGCGGACGAGACGCAGGCGCGACGCUCUUCGACCGCACGCAGCAGGUCGCGAGCGCCAGACGCUUUGGCGCAGAUUUUAGAUCGUCAGCGGUCACGAAGUCGGUCUCGGAUCCGCGACGGCGGCGAUGGAGCUCAAAUCGAUGUAACCACGAGCCGCAGCGCGUUUGCUUCUGGCACUGCAAAUGACAGCACCAUUGUAUCGGCGGCAGCGGAGGACGGAGAGGUUUCGACGCGAGAUCAAGAAGCACGAGGUCGCUCGCGCGAUCGUAGGUGA